CUGAACGCCCGCGAGACGUGUAUCCUUCCCGUGGGAAUCGGCAGAAUUCUAUGGCAGUCACUUACGUGUCGACUGUGAUCGAGAAUGCCACGUCGAUUGGCACGCGCUCACCUGCCGAAAUAAUUGCGCUCGAUUCUGAGGUAUUGCGUAUCUUCUCGAGAUGAUGCUUCGAGGAUCUUAUACUCGGCGGAUCGGAGGUGUCUUCUUUCAUGCUUCUCUUCUUGGAGUGAUUAUGUUGUUGAUCUGUCAAAAUGUUGCCAAGGCGGACGAAGUACCAGCGUUCUUUCUCAAGAUAGCAAAAAUGAAAACUUUGCCUCGAGUAGGCCGAAGCGGAAGAUUCGAAGAUUUCUUUUACAAAGCCGAAAAACAUAUACCUCGGAUUGGUAGAAAUACUCAGCAGUAUUCUACGUUACAGGACCAUACCCAGCAAGACACUUACUUUGAUUUAAAUAAAAGGCGCAUAGAUUAUCCCCAGAAAGCGGAAGAAUGGUCCUGGCAAAAUUUUCCUCUUGCGAUUGAAGGACCGAAAGAAUUAUGGCGAGCAUUGGCCGGAUAUUCAAGGGAUGGCAGUGAUGAUAUUGAGAACGAAAUAUGGCAGAGGAAGAAAAGAACUGGAACUGGAGCAGUGACCACGCAAGCAAAAUAGCAUGGACAUACAACAAUUCUUCAUCGCUUUGGAAACGCUAAAUGCUAUCGUAAUAUAGUCUUUGCUGGACUAUAUGGUGAUGGGAAAUAAUAAAAAAAAUAAAUAUUUAAAUACAAACUAUGGUUUCGCUUUUAUUCUUCUUUUUUGCAAAAUUUGGAAAAACUUUAAAUAAACAACUAAUGCUUUAAAUUAAGUUAUAAUUUUUUAUUAAUAUUGUACAUUGUAAUAAUAUCUACACAAAAUUUUAAAAUUCUUAGAAAAUAAAUUAGCUGUUUAAAAUGCAGAUUCUUAAAUAUGUUUCAUAUUCAAACAAAUUUAUUGAUUGU